AUGAAGAUGUCAGAAGAGGCGCAUGAUCGUCUCGAGGGUCGAGCGGACACUUUUGGAGGGCUAGAAAUUCGUAAAAAGAAGUCCGACGAUGAGAAGAAACCACACGUGGAAGGCAGAUCCGUACUUGGACUUGACCGACUGGCUCGUGCAAAGAAAGACGAGCAUUUAAGGAAAAGAAGCGAUGGUGGUGAAACUCCAGAUGUGGGAGUAACUGAUAGCGUUCGCCGAGGCAUUCAGAAAUAUCAAGCUGAGAAAUAUCGUGAUGAGCGCCGUGGUCUUGUGGCGGAUAGUAGAAAACGUGAUCGAGACCGAGAUCGUGACAGGAAAGAUCGCGAUGAUGACCGUCGUUCGAGAGAUCGUCGAGAAGACCGAAAGAGAUCCGAUCGGAGCGAUCGCCGUGAUGAGAAAAGAAAGCGUAAAGAAUACGAGACUCCAGACUUCAAGUAUUCAUGUUUACUUCUCAUAGGUCGGCAUUUCACGCCUUCGGCGUACGGGGCUGGGACCGACGAUGAUGGACCUGUGAAAAAAUCUUCAUGGGAUACACCGUCACCGAGAACAGUGUCGUCAUCUCGUCGAGGAGACUCCGAAAGAAGCGUUGGAAGCAUAUGGCGGAGCGAACGAGAUCGUCGUGAACAAGAGCAACGGAGGAAGCAUGCGCGUGGUGAAGAUACUAUCCGAUCCGUGAAGGAAGAAGGCUUCGAACCAAAGUUCCACGACGAUGCUGAGCGUGAACAGUGGGAAGCUGAGCAGAAGAUUAUCGAUCGUGAAUGGUACGAUAACGAUGGUGUCUAUGACGAGGAGUACAAUCCAUUUGCAAAGGUCAGCGAGGAAUUCGUAGAAAAACGUGAGAAACAGUGGCAAGAGAAAACUACGUCGGCGCGCCCUCGACUCACAUUAAAGCAGCAGUCUAUAAAACGGGAACACGAGCUUUGGGAAAACAACAGGCUCCAUAGAUCAGGUGUGGUUGCACUGACAGAUGACUUAUCUACCCUCUUCGAUGACGAAACAGAUGAGAACCGUGUCAAUUUGCUCGUCCAUAAUAUAGUUCCUCCGUUUCUCGAUGGUCGAAUUGUAUUUACCAAGCAAUCAAAACCCGUCAUUCCGGUAGUUGACACUACCUGUGACAUGGCCGUGGCGGCAGCUCGAGGGAGCAAAGUGGUACGACAGUUUCGAGAAUCGGAAGAAAGGAAAAAGGCUCAAGAGAAGCACUGGGAAUUGGCAGGUAGUAAGCUUGGCAAUAUAAUGGGUGUCAAGCAGAAGCCAGAUGAAAUGGAGGAUCCCGACAAAGAUGAUGCUAGUGAUUACAGGGAGUCUCACCAGUUUGCGUCGCACAUGAGUGAAAAAACUGAGGCUGUUUCCGAUUUCGCAAUGGAGAAGACAUUGAGGGUGAGCAUUCAUCCUAUGGCGUCCUUUCUAGGGAUCAUCGGCUGCACCCAACCACGUCGAGUUGCCGCUAUGAGUGUUGCCAAGCGCUGUGCCCUGAUGAAAUGCGCAUGUAGAGGCUUGGUCAAGAAGUUGGGUAUGCAAUCCGUUUCGAAGACUGUACGUAGCUGUCCAACAUUUACGAUACCUGGCCGUACGUUCCCUGUGGAAAUCUUCCACGCAAGAGCCCCGGUAAGAUUUUUUGUGAUGUUGAAAGUGUCAGUAGCGAAAAUCUUCCAACGUGCUCCUGGGGGCAUGCGAAAAUGUAUUGUGGCCACGAACAUCGCUGAGACAUCUCUAACCGUUGACGGUAUUCUGUUCGUGAUCGAUCCGGGUUUUUGUAAAAUGAAAGUCUACAACCCACGUAUUGGUAUGGAUGCUUUGCAGAUUUUCCCCGUGUCUCAAGCGUCAGCAAAUCAAAGAGCUGGUCGUGCUGGACGAACAGGACCAGGACAGUGCUUCCGUCUCUACACUGAGCGACAGUUCAAAGAGGAGUUGCUCGUGUCGACUGUCCCUGAAAUCCAACGAACGAAUCUGUCCAAUGUGGUGCUACUGCUGAAGUCUCUUGGUGUUGACGAUCUGCUUAAGUUCAUUUCAAAUGGACGCAGCGCACUCAAGACAAUAAUGCUUGAAUUCCAAUGUAUCAGGCCUCUGGAUCUCUUGAGCACUUCGACCAAUACUGGACAGCUGACGGAUCUUGGUAGGACCAUGGUUGAAUUUCCAUUGGAUCCAACUCUUUCGAAAAUGUUGAUCAUGUCUGAAUCGAUGGGAUGCAGUGAGGACACGUCAGUCUUAACGAUCGUAUCAAUGCUUUCUGUCCCGGCCAUAUUUUUCCGACCGAAAGGUAGGGAAGAUGAAGCUGAUGCGAAGAAGGAGAAGUUUCAGGUUCCAGAAUCAGAUCAUUUAACAUUUUUGAAUGUUUAUUUGCAAUGGAGGCAACACAAGUAUUCGGCCAGGUGGUGCGCGGAUAACUACAUGCCAUGCCAAAGCCCAUUAAAAAAGGUCCGUGAAGUGCGGGCUCAACUGAAAGAAAUCAUGCAAGAGCAGAAGAUCAAGAUUGUUUCUACUGGAAGUGACUGGGACGUAAUUCGAAAGUGUAUCUGUUCGGCGUAUUUCCACAAUGCUGGCAGGUUGAAAGGUAUCGGUGAAUAUGUUAACGUCCGUACAGGUAUUCCAUGUUUCCUGCAUCCGACGUCGGCGCUAUUUGGAAUGGGUUUCAUGCCCGAUUAUGUGGUCUAUCACGAAUUGGUGAUGACAGCCAAGGAAUACAUGCAGUGUGUAACAGCUGUGGAUGCUGUAUGGCUUGCUGAAUUGGGACCCAUGUUCUAUUCGGUGAAGGAGUCGAGGACGUCUAGGUCAGAGAAGCGUUUGGAAAGUGUACGUACAGCUGAGAGUAUGGAGGAAGAGAUGCGAUUGGCUCAAAAGGAGAUGCAACGACGGAAAGAGGAGUUCGAGAGGGUUUCUAAGCGACCAGACAGUGAACGAAUCGCGGAUAUGGAGCUACUUCCAACCGAGCUGUUGCAGAGGAUCGGUAUAUGCCUACCAUAUACUGAUCGGUUGAACCUAUCACUUGCCUGUUCUCGAAUUUUCACCGCUUUAGGUGUUCGGGCUGAUUUCGACAUUGUAACUUUGUUACUACUUCGUUCUGUGUUUACGGACGUCUUCUACCACGGCCGUCGAAUGUUCGCAUACAAAUCGGGAACUGUCCUGCACGCUCGACGUGGAGAGAAUGAUGACAGCUCCGUGGCUCUCUGCCAAUGUGAUCGUCACGACACCCACUCGCUGCUGUCGUUCGCCAUUCCCCAUCUUUUGAAAAGUGCCAAAUCAUUGGAGUUAGAAGACGAACUUUUACGUGAUCGGAUCAGAGACAGCCACUUCCACGAGCUGGUUACACGUUCGGCUUCUGCACCUCUGACCAGGUUCUGUUCUGUGGCUCGCUCUAUCCAACUGAGCGACCUAGGCGGCGUGAAACCGUGGACACUGGCGCAAUUGGCACAGUUUACGGAGCUUCAGGAGAUAACGGACAAGCUCGCCCGCUCUGUGGCUAGAUGUUGCCCUAACUUGGAAAAAGUAUUGUGUGUCUGGAUGCCCACUCGUAUCUGCUUUUUCCGCCCUUGCUUUGAUGGAAUCAGCAUUCUACGGGUGACUGCCAAAUGGCUGACGCAUGCAUGUGGAGAGUACAGGCAUUUGAAUGUAGAACAGGCUGAAUGUGGUCAGUUUCAGUUAAAUCGCUAUAUUCACAGCCCGUUGUUCAACAACCCCGAUGAAUGGCAGCUCACUCCGGCUGCCAUCAAUUUAGGCUAUGGAAAGCCAGCAGUAUUGGCUGAACAUAUAAAAGCCGUUUGUAUAUUAAUUUAUGUAUAA